AUGGCCGACAACUACGUCCACUUCCACUCUUCCCCGCCUAUCAACCGACUCUCCUACCUCCGUCACUCGACCGUAUUCCUCAACAUCGCCCUCACCCACCCACGCGCCCUCUUCACGCUCUUCCACACCGGCAGGCCCCUCCUCACAGGGGGGAAGGCAGCGCACGUGCCAUUCGACAGGAUCUCUCCGCUCGUCGGGCAGGCGCCGUAUUUCGGGCAAGGGGAGAAAGAGGGAGAGAGUGCCGAGAAGGGGAAAUGGACCGAGGCGUGUAGGUUUAGGGAUAGAGGUGUGCCACUUGUCUUUCUCGGAGUGUUGGAGGACGAGGGCGCAGCGCUCCUCCCCUCUGAGGAAGUGAAGCAGAUCGCCAGCCACGAGGAGAUAAAGGGCGUGCCUUACUGGGCUGUAGACCUGUCCGACGUGGACGAGAGCUGGGUGCAAGGGGUCGAGGAGCUCAAAGACGGGAAAUGGAGCGAGCCGAGGUCGGCGACGAGCACUUAUAGCCAUUUUGACGGUGCGGUGUUUGCCGUUGCGAGGAGUGUGGUGGACUGGAAUGCUAGGAAUGGGUUUUGUCCCGCUUGUGGUGGGGAAGGAUUUUCUCUUUGGGGUGGGUGGAAAUUGGGAUGCUCGAGCAACCUCCCUUGGGCAAAGAACAAGAACCCAUACAAGGGCGGGCCGUGUCCUUCUGGAAAAGGACUCCAUAAUUUCGCACACCCGAGGACGGACGGCGUGAUCAUCGUUGCUGUUGUGCGCGAAUCUCCGACUGGGGAGGGGGAGGACAUCCUCCUAGGCAGGCAGAAGUCCUGGCCGAAGGGAAUGUACUCUACCUUGGCUGGGUUCUUGGAGCCUGGGGAGAGCGUCGAGGAUGCGGUGAGGCGGGAGAUCCUCGAAGAGAGUGGCAUCGUCGUCGGUUACGUGCGAUAUCAUUCUUCUCAACCAUGGCCCUAUCCCGCCAACCUGAUGAUGGGCUGCUACGCCCGUGCUGAGGUACCCACUUCAGCAGCGUCAGACACUCAGAACCCCCGCGCGGGCAUCCGGCUAGACCUAGACAACGAGCUCGAAGACGCGCGCUGGUUCACGCGGGCUGAGAUCCGGUCCAUCCUGGGCGAUCCGGACGGUACGAUCAUCCGCCAGGCGCCGCCUGCGAAUGGCGCUGUGAGCGAGAGCACGGUCAGGACGGAGGAGGGGAUGAAAGUUCGUGUACCGCCGAGGACGGCGAUUGCUGGCGUGUUGAUUUCUGAAUGGGCGGCGGGGAACAUGGCUAAUAUGUGAGAUGAGAUGGGUGGGGAAGAGUGUUGUAUCGUUUAGUCAAUUAGAUGGGUUGGAAGGUAUCAACUAGAAUGGUU